GUUGGUUCUUCUAAGUAAGCGAUAUCACUACAACUGAACACUAAUCUAGUUUAGAAAGAUCGCUGUCUGCAGCAACACAGUCAGUACAAUCGCUCAAGACUUCAAGUCACACAACUCAAGACAAUAUCUUACAAGAUGAAAACAUUCGUCGUGUUUCUGGGUAUCUGCUCCUUGAGUUUCUUUGAGAUCGGCGCUUUAGAGCUACCGACUUGCCCAACGCCAUCGGACUCUGGUGUUUCUGUAUGCCAAACAUCUGCUAAAUACCCUAGUGCAUGUCUGGAUGAUGCCAGAGAGGCAUGCAGGGAGGAUGGCCACCAUCUUUGCAGUUUGGACGAGCUAAAGGCUGCCUUUGACAGUGGAGUAAGGAGUACAAACUGGAAUCUGUUGGACGUCCGGGAUAGGGAUGCACGGAUACAUGUUUGUCAGGUUGGUUCCGGUAAACGUUACGACGGUGACGAGUGCUUUGUGAAAGUUGGUCCUUAUGCUACUUGGCACAUUCCGAACACCCCAAGACCUUACACCAAUGCAAAUGCUUUCUGCUGUAAGAAUGAUCCCGCUACCUUCACAUAUCACGAUGUAAAGAUAACAAUAGAAAUUAUCUAAACCGGUUCCAAAAGCGCAGCUUUACAUCAUUUACAAGAGAGCCAUCUUGGAUUUUCGUGCUUUUCGAGUAGACUUAAUAACUUUAAAAAAAAAAAAAAAAAGAGAACACGCCUUCAGGAGGUCUGAUGCAUGCAAAAUGGUGUGUAGCAUUGUACGUUGACACGUGUUAUUAACAACAGCCAUCUGGUUUACGAAUUUCAAAUUGUCAGAAAUAAAUAGAUUAGUAUCUCCUCAUUCUCUUAUGGAGUAUAGCAUAUUGUCGCCACACCGGGACAGCAGUCCCUGCCUGCUAGGUCAGAUCAAAGAAAAUGAUACAGGUGUUGUGUUCAUGACUGAUAUAGAACACCAUUGAAAGACCGCCAAUAGUAGGGCUCGAUUGGUAAAUUGCUGGAGCGCCGGCUCGGCAGUCUUGUUUGUUGAUCAAUUUCAUAUCGAUUAAACGUUUUCACUAGUAGUUUCAAAAUUGUGUUUGUUUGUUUCAUGCAUGUACCUAUCGAAACUAUAGGCAAGCACGUAUUUGUUAGGAUAGUAAGGAGGAUUGUGAUACGACCAUUGUUAUUGAUUACUGAUAAAUAUGACCUUUGCAGUAGAAACAAAGGAAAUGAUAGAAACACUACUGUAUGCCACAUAAAUAGGCAUUCAAAAGGUAUAAUCUGCAGAAACACGCCCUUGUGUAUGGGCCAUAUAAAAUUGAAAGUGACGUAAAAUCUUCAUUUUUGGAGCUUGAGAAGAGAAAUGAAAGCCAAAAUAUAAAGUUAAUUACCAGUCUGCUCUAAUGAAUCAUGUUAAAUUUGUGAUUAAACAUACCCUAAUGUUUGAGGCCGCAUUAAAAAAAAAUGAAGCGAUACUAAGAAUGUG